UGCUGCUGCCGCCGCUGCCGCUGCUGCCGGCGGCGACCUCACUUCCGGACCUGUCGCGCGACGGGAACGCGCGGAGGGGCCGGGGUGCUGUCGGGUCGGCUAGACGGAACCUCCGCUGGGACAAGGGUGGAAACAGCAGCAGACCAGAAUUCAUGGUGAACCAGUCAGCAAGAAGCAAAUGCAUUAUGGCAGAGAAACGUAAAGGGGACAUGUUUUCUACUUCUAGUUUUCCAAAAACCUGUCAGAAAUGACAUCUGACUCAUGCUAAUGGAAACUCUUGACCUCAUCAAAAUGGUGGACUUAGAAUACAGCCUGCUCUGCCCCUUUAUUCCCUUAAAGGACUAUCAAGACCCUCUUCCUUUAUCUUAAGAAAUUUUGCAAGAGAUGGAGAUCACGAAAGAACUCUCACCAUCUAUAAAAAGCUCUGGAGCAUUAACUGACUUCCAGUCGCUGGGAAAUGGUUCAGACGGAUCUGUCCAUACAGAUUCUUUUUCACCAGCAUCAAGCCCCUCAUCUGUGAAUCUUGCUGCUCUUCCAAACAGCAAAGAUGAGCUCCCCAAUGUGGCCUUAAACAUUGAAUGUAGAAUCUGUGGAGAUAAAGCAUCGGGCUAUCACUAUGGAGUACACGCUUGCGAAGGUUGUAAGGGCUUUUUCAGGCGAACAAUCAGGCUGAAACUUAUUUACGACCGAUGCGACCGCAACUGCAAAAUCCAGAAAAAGAACCGUAACAAGUGCCAAUACUGUCGUUUUCAGAAGUGCCUUUCCGUGGGGAUGUCCCAUAAUGCCAUUCGAUUUGGACGGAUGCCCAGAUCAGAAAAGGCAAAGCUGAAAGCUGAAAUUCAAACAGGUGAACUUUGUAUAGAAAAUUCCGAAGUCGCAGAUCUUAAGUCACUGGCCAAGAGAAUUUAUGACGCCUAUUUGAAAAACUUCAAUAUGACCAAGCUCAAAGCAAGGCUCAUACUUGUGGGGAAGGCCAAUAACAAUCCUCCGUUUGUCAUACACGACAUGGACACGUUGUGCAUGGCCGAGAAGACUCUGGUGGCAAAACUCGUCGCGAAUGGAAUACAAAACAAGGAGGCAGAGGUGAGGAUUUUCCACUGCUGCCAGUGCACCUCCGUAGAGGCGGUGACGGAACUCACGGAGUUUGCCAAAUCAAUUCCAGGCUUCUGCAGCCUCGACUUGAACGACCAGGUGACCCUCUUAAAAUACGGGGUCUACGAAGCCAUCUUUGCCAUGUUGGCCUCCGUGAUGAACAAAGACGGGAUGCUGGUGGCUUACGGGAACGGCUUCAUCACGCGGGAAUUCCUCAAAAGUUUAAGGAAGCCCUUUUGUGACAUCAUGGAGCCAAAGUUUGACUUCGCCAUGAAAUUCAAUGCCUUGGAAUUAGAUGACAGCGACAUCUCCCUCUUCGUGGCUGCUAUAAUAUGUUGUGGAGAUCGGCCAGGCUUGGUAAACAUAGGACACAUUGAGAAGAUGCAGGAGAGCAUCGUGCACAUUCUGAAACUUCAUUUAGAGAACAGCCAUCCGGACGACAUCUUCCUAUUUCCUAAACUUCUGCAGAAAAUGGCGGACCUCCGGCAGCUGGUCACGGAACACGCCCACCUGGUUCAAAUCAUCAAAAAGACCGAAUCUGAUGCACACUUACAUCCUUUGCUACAAGAAAUAUACAAGGAUAUGUACUAAAAGGUGGUUUCCGUUUUGUGCCUCAAGCAAAGCACUAGCAACUUGGCCCUGAUGCUUCAGUCGCAGGGUCUCCGUUGUGCUUCAGUUGGAACAUUUGCAAUCGUCCUAUUAUUUGGGUAACUGGAAUAUCCAUUUCUCUUGCAGGGGUUCAGUAAUUGAAAGAAAUUGCCUAACAGAGAGAGAUGAUGAUGAUGAUAGUAAGCGAUGAUUGAUUUUGAAAUUUGGGCCCUGGCGGGAAUUGCGUCGUGCCACAACUUAACUCACAAACACAAUGCCUUCUGACGGUUCUGCACUUUUAAGCAUUUGUUACCCUUCUCUCACUUCCUUAAUAUGUGAAAGUCAGUCAUUUGGGGCAGGAUCCAAAGAGCCUUGGGGCGAGCAGUGACUGGAAGGGCGUUGCUGUUGUGUUUCUCUCACAGUUUGUAGGAGGAAUUACACUUGAAACUCAGGGAUGUUUCCAAAAUAAAGGUGAAGAGGGUUAGUCAUUGAAGCGGGAGAGGGCAUAUAUACACAUCUUUUAGAUGCGUCUGAAUUUUGUUCCUGGGAUUGGUUGCACUUGGUACUAGAUCAGUGACCGUGAAAGAGCCGUGGUGGCGCAGUGGUUAGAAUGCGGUAUUGCAGGCUAACUCUGCCGAUG